AUGAUGUGCCUAGGAAGCCUGUUUGUCUCUGCUACAGCCCCUGUGAAGACCACCACUGCCUCUGCUGUCUCUCAGGGCACAGCCAGCUCUGCUACAGCCCCUGUGAAGACCACCACUGCCUCUGCUGUCUCUCAGGGCACAGCCAGCUCUGCUACAGCCCCUGUGAAGACCACCACUGCCUCUGCUGUCUCUCAGGGCACAGCCAGGUCUGCUACAGCCUCUGUGAAGACCACCACUGCCUCUGCUGUCUCUCAGGGCACAGCCAGCUCUGCUACAGCCCCUGUGAAGACCACCACUGCCUCUGCUGUCUCUCAGGGCACAGCCAGCUCUGCUACAGCCUCUGUGAAGACCACCACUGCCUCUGCUGUCUCUCAGGGCACAGCCAGCUCUGCUACAGCCCCUGUGAAGACCACCACUACCUCUGCUGUCUCUCAGGGCACAGCCAGCUCUGCUACAGCCUCUGUGAAGACCACCACUGCCUCUGCUGUCUCUCAGGGCACAGCCAGCUCUGCUACAGCCUCUGUGAAGACCACCACUGCCUCUGCUGUCUCUCAGGGCACAGCCAGCUCUGCUACAGCCCCUGUGAAGACCACCACUACCUCUGUUGUCUCUCAGGGCACAGCCAGCUCUGCUACAGCCCCUGUGAAGACCACCACUACCUCUGUUGUCUCUCAGGGCACAGCCAGGUCUGCUACAGCCUCUGUGAAGACCACCACUGCCUCUGCUGUCUCUCAGGGCACAGACAGGUCUGCUACAGCCUCUGUGAAGACCACCACUGCCUCUGCUGUCUCUCAGGGCACAGACAGGUCUGCUACAGCCUCUGUGAAGACCACCACUGCCUCUGCUGUCUCUCAGGGCACAGACAGGUCUGCUACAGCCUCUGUGAAGACCACCACUGCCUCUGCUGUCUCUCAGGGCACAGACAGGUCUGCUACAGCCUCUGUGAAGACCACCACUGCCUCUGCUGUCUCUCAGGGCAGCUCUAGCCAAGCUAGAGCCUCUGAGAGCUGAUUGGUGUGUGGACUACCUGCUCAGGCCGACUGGGAAGACCAUGCAGGAGGAAAUGGACCCAGACUAGGAGAAUAAUUUUGAGCACUAUGCAAUUGACCCCACAGUUGGUAGUCUUCUGGAUGACUUUACCACCACCUCCAGUGCCAAAUCUGCUGCCACCAGUACCUGGCCUGCUUCACCCACAGCCCAGUCUGAUGCCAGCCAACUCCAACCAUGCAUAAAACUUGAUUUGUAUGAUAAGUGGCAACGUGUCACUAGUUUCCAUAUAGACUCUCCUGUACUCCAGACCUUUUUUAUCUUUCUAAAAUCAGAUUGAGCAUAAAUCCACAGUUGCUCUUGUGUGUCACAAAUCCCUCCCUUCCUUCCCACCGCGCACACACUGGUUGAAUCAACCAGCGAUAUAAAGUGUAUGCUGUUGGAUAAUUUUCUGUUUAAUUUGGAUGGGGGCGAUUUAAAGCCUAUCAGUAGGGCCUAUAAUAGAACAUCAACCAUUCAUGUGUUUGAUCUUGUAACACGGCUGUAGGAACUUCUAACGCGGCGGCAUGGGAUUUGUCGGAUGUAAAGUCAGGUGGUUUCGUUGCAUCCAAUGGCAGUGUAGGCGAUAAGGUUACACCAGAGUUGUAGUUCCACCUCCGAAACCGCCAAAACAACCGCUAUGCGGGUGUCAACCAACGCAAAUCUGAUUGAAUCAAGCCCUAGAACAUGUUUGCUGGGAUGUUUUCAUAUGUUUGGAUCCUGUUGUGUUAUUCACUCAGAAUCAGUCAGUUGCC